GUGAAAGCCCUUUACUGUCUUGACAAAUACGUCCAAUCAAAUAUCUAAUACUACCGCCUUUUUUAUACUGCAUUACUUUCAUAAACAGGGCGUCCUGAAAUUAAAUAGAUUGAUUCCAACCAUAGAUUCUAGGUGAUAGUGAAUAAAAUCAAUAAACAUGGGUCCAGAUAUGGCCCCCUGGGAGGUUAAAGUCAUCUAAAGAGUUGGCCUUGCAGCAUGUGUCUCUGGCCUUGAGAGGGGAGGUGGGGUGGGAGGUGGUGGGCCCCAUCAACGACAUAGGCUGGCGCCUCAGGAAGCACUACUACCAACUGAAAUGCAAAUCGAUGCCGAAAGAGGAGAUCUUUGGCAGCUGGACUGAUUUCGGGCCCGACAAGUAUCUGGACGAUAAGGAGAUGCACAACGUUUUCAAGAGUUUGGGGCAAAUACAGCACCCGUACAUCCACCCCAUCAGGCUGUGCCUGUGCACCGACACGGGCGGCCUCGUAGCGAGGGCGGCCCAUCGGGGCGGCACCCUGCGCGACACCCUCUGCGGCGGCAACCCGCGCCAGUCCUUCCUCAAGAAGUACGGCAACCCGAAAGGGCACAAGGCGCUGCCCUCGGAGCGGGUGGCCAAAUACGGCCGCCACAUCUUGGAGGCGUUGAAGUUCCUGCACGACAAGGGAUUGCCCUACGGCCACCUGCACACCGGCAACGUGAUCAUCGACGACGACGAUCGCGCCAAGCUGCUCGACCUCGAGAACGGUGUUUUGGGCGUCCCAUCCUUCUAUCGGCCCUACUUCAUGCAGCACAAGAAGAUCCACACCAUGGAGGCCGUCGACGUCUACUGCUUCGGUCACGUGCUCUACGAGAUGGCGUACGGCGCGCCGUUGCGAGAGAGUAUCACCGACGACAUCGAAGACGGACCUGCCAAAAAAAUACUGGUGAAAAUCCUGUCGACCGACGCUUGCCGCAACGGUCUUCCAAGCAUCGCCGACCUUCUCUACGAUCCUUUCUUCUCACUGGUCCAGCUGGCCUUUGUGUCCUCUGAUAGAGCCCACUUCAAGAUGGCCGCCUCGACGAAGGAGCAACUGAGGUUGGCCGUCAGCAGGACCGAAGAGCGCCUCAAGGAGGAACAGCGGCUGGUACGCAGCCAAAAACGACUGGCCAGGGUGCAGGAGAUGAUGAGCUGCGAAGAAGAGAAGAAGAAGCACAGGCACAAACUGGAACGAUCGAAAGAACAUCAACACAGACACAACAAAAAGUUGGAGAAGGCGAACAGCAUGAAUUGUGAGAGAUCUGAUAGCGUCAAUAGCAGCGCGACCACUUCCGUUGGAACCUCGACACCCCCUUCAACAACAGGUUCGAACGUACCGUCACCCCCUCCCCCGCCGCCGCCGCCACCCCUGACGGGCAGCAUGCCACCCCCUCCCUUGGCCAACGGUACAGGCCAGUCAGAGCCCAAGGACCGCACCCAGCUGUUGGGCGCCAUCUGCAGCUUCGACAAAACGGCCCUGCGCAAAACCAAAGUCUCGUAAACCGAUCGCCGCCUCUUACCCCCUUUCCUGUCCCUUCCCAUCUGUCGCAAAGAUUGUGAUGUAUUUUAAGGUAAGGUACCGUAAAACGCGGUUACUUUGA